UGUUCUUUUGAGUAAAUCAUUGUCAGUGACUGAUUUUUUUUUUUUUUAUGAAAGGAUAAAUACAUGCCCUUUAUUGGGGUCAGGUUUUGUGCUUGUACUUCUCCUGUCUACUGUAUCAUAGGAGCUUAGAAUCCCAGCUGCUUGCGUUCGGCUGCGGUUCCCUGAUGACUCGCACAGGGUGGAGCAGUCCCCUUCCCCUAUGUGUGUGUCUGCUGCUGGCCUGUGGCUUUGCCGAGGCAGGGAAGCUGCUGGUAGUGCCCGUGGAUGGGAGCCACUGGCUCUCCAUGAGGUCGGUGGUGGAGAAACUCAUUCUCAGGGGGCAUGAGGUGGUCGUAGUCAUGCCAAAGGUGAGUUGGCAGCUGGGAAGACCACUGAAUUGCACAGUGAAGACUUAUUCAACUUCAUACACUCUGGAGGAUCUGGACCGGGAGUUCAAGGCUUUUGCCCAGGCUCAAUGGAAAGCACAAGUACAAAGUAUAUUUUCUCUAAUAAUGAGUUCAUACAAUGACAUUUUUGACUUAUUUUUUUCAAAUUGCAGGAGUUUGUUUAAGGACAAAAAGUUAGUAAAAUACUUAAAGGAGAGUUCUUUUGAUGCGGUAUUUCUGGAUCCUUUUGAUACCUGUGGCUUAAUCGUUGCCAAAUAUCUCUCCCUCCCCUCUGUGGUCUUCGCCAGGGGAGUAUUUUGCCACUAUCUUGAAGAAGGUGCGCAGUGCCCUGCUCCUCUUUCCUAUGUCCCCAGAAUUCUCUUAGGGUUCUCAGAUGCCAUGACUUUCAAGGAGAGAGUACGGAACCACAUCAUGCACUUGGAGGAACGUUUAUUAUGCCACCGUUUUUUCAAAAGUGCCCUAGAAAUAGCCUCUGAAAUUCUUCAAACACCUGUCACGGUAUAUGAUCUUCACAGACAAAUAUCAAUUUGGUUGCUGCGAAUGGACUUUGUUUUGGACUAUCCCAAACCCGUGAUGCCCAACAUGGUCUUCAUUGGUGGUAUCAACUGCCAUCAGGGAAAGCCAUUGCCUAUGAUUUCUUUCCAAUUUAACAAAUUAUUUUGUGCCAGUGCAUGUACUUAUCAGUUAGCAAAUUUUAUAAAACUGCCCUUCUUGAAGAUAUGUAUUUAUAAUUUAUAAAAUUGUAUAUCAUAUGCAGCCUACAUUUUUAAGUACCAUGUUUAGAAAAGUACCAAAAACCGCAGUAAGAAAUGAAACUCCCCUUUUUUGUUAAUUCUAUAUGACCCCCUAGAGGAAAUGCUCUUAGUUUUGUGCACAUUCUUUUCAUUUUUUAAAAAAAGUACGUACGCACUAUAUUUAAUGUAAAUUCUCACACCUAUUUUGUUAAAAUAAAAUCUAGUAUUGGGCUGGACAUAUUCUUCUUUUCUUUGCAUUUUUCACUUGCCAAUAAAUUAUAGAUACCUUUAUAGACCAAUACAGACAGCUUUGACAAGUUCUAUUAAUAAUUGCAUAAAAUACUUUUCUUUGGAUAGAAUGUAGUUUUUAACCAAUUAAUAUUGAUAUAGAUUUAGGCAUUUUGCAUUUUUUGCCUUUAGCAAUAAGGCCAUGUAAACACUCUUUAAUGCUUUCCUUACAUAAAUAUAUUUCCAUAUCAUUGCUUUUAUCUUAGUUGACUGGAGCCCUACAUGUAGGGUUACAGGAUUUUUCUGAAUUGAGGAUUGGCCUCUUUUUGCUAUUAUGUCUUCCUGUUCAUGAAUAUGUAUGUCUCACUAUUUAUUCAGAUCUUGUUUUAUAUACAUAAAUAAAAUUUUUCACUAUAUAAACAUUUUAUGUUUCUUAUUAACAUUUAUUCCUCGGCAUUUCAGUAUUUUUGAAACUAUUGGGUACAGGGCAAUUUUUCCAUUUCUACAUUUAGCUGACUAUGGGAAAUUAAAGUUUUGUUUUUUGCAUAUGUAUCUUGUAUCCAGCCACAUUACUAACUUUUCUUAUUUUUUUUUAGUAUAGAUUAGAUGUACAAUAUAUGAUGUCAUCUGCAAAGAAUUCCCUUCUCUGAUAUUUAUACCACUUAUUUUGCUUUCCUGGAGCAUAUACAUCCAAAACACUAUUGAGUAAUAUUGUGAGAGUAGCCAGUUUAAAUAGGGAUUCAGUCACUUGUGAUUGAAAAGUCCUUGACAAAUACCAGAAUAACAUUCUUAGCAAAUAUAUAGUUGCUAAAUCUAGAUUAAACACCUAAUGUCUAAUCUCAGUAUAUUAUUUUAUUAGGGAUAGAGUAUACAAUUUAUCUAUUGUUCUGGCCUCUUAAAAGGUUCAAUAGACUUGGUAACACAGUCAUAUUCUCUCACAUAUUGGCAGAUGUUUGGCAAAAGAGUGGCUGUUCAGCCAACUCACGGGAAAGUGAAAUAAUGCUCUUUCUAAAAAGCAGGAGGACUACAGUUGCAGGCCUUUCAAAAUUAAGCAUGACUUUCAGAUCUUCACAAGACUAGGCUAGGAGAUGCAAGUGGCAGAAAUCUAAGAGGUUAGACUUGUCUAAGCACUUUUCUCCCCUUUACCCUCCAUUAAUUAUAGUAUGCUCCAUUAAUUAUAGUACCAACCUCCACUCAUGUGUUGCCUGCACCCCACACCCUUUGGCUGAGGGUGAGGCCCUGCCACUUCCUGAACCCACACUGAGUUCAUUGUGGCUCACAGGGUCACCCAGAGGCCUUUAGAGAUAUAAAAACCUGUAUGAUUUUAUAUCACCUAUGAUAGAGCGAUGUCUAUAAAAUAUUAAACAUUAAACUAUAUAUAGUUUCAUUUAUUUUGAUUAUAAAUAUCUUUUAUGAGAUAUGAAAUAAAUGUGUUUAUGUGUCUAUUAAAGAAUAUGGAUGUAUGAGAGUUUUUAUACUUGUGGAAGGUUAUAUAUAUAUUAAUGUAUAUAUUUAUGACUAUACAUGUAAAGCCAGCAGAAUUCUCACAGAGGAAUUCAGAACUCAAAGAAGGCUUUCUGGCAAAGAGCCUUGGAUAUGGCCCAACCACAAAAGUAAAUUGUCAUCGAAAGGAUGGACACUGCAUAUUGCUCCUUCCUUGUUUCAGAGGCCAGGAUGUGUCUGGGAAAAGCAUGCAGUUGGUUACAUCUUUCUGGGAAACAGGAUUCAGAAUCUACGUCUCAUCUGUCUGAUGAGAAGGAAGCAUUACUUGAUGAUGGAAAAUGUGUUUGUGCAUGUACGUGUUUGUGUAUGUGCAGGUGUGUUAGUGUGCAGUGUCCCAGACCCUGCACAGGGGAUUUUCUUGAAGGUCUCCUGUAACAAAAUCUCCUUGAGCCUAUCCAAGAGAAUUACAUCCAGAGAUGUAACUAAAUACUUUAACAAGGAUGGCAGAUGACCCCAUCUCCAACGUCAGGGAUCAAAUUUCAACGUGAGAUUUGGAGGGGACAGACUUCUAAACUAUAUCAUUCUGUGUGGUCAUUCUUUUACAUUUCAGCAUUCUAAUGUGUGUGUGUGUUGAUUAAUGAUGUGUAAAUAAUUCAGCAGAACAUUUAAAUAGUUUUAAUGGGAAAAAGAGGAAUUCACUCCUAGUCUUUUUGAAUUUUGUUGAGUUCCAACAGAAUUAAUCAGUGGUUUUAGGUGAAAAGAAUUCGGGUUCCGCCUCUACCAUCCAUGGCAGGUGCAGCUCUGGGGGUGGGAUAUGGUUACAAAUAAAUAAAAGAUCUGUGCUUCCACCAUUGCUCUAAGAUUCUGGCUCUAGUCCAAGAUCCAAAUUCAAAGUUAGCUCUUGGUGGACAAGACUAAGGCCUCCCACUAACAUCAUUUACAUCAAGUUUUUGUUUUCAAAGUUUUCAAACAUACACAAAGGAGAGACUCAGUGUAAUGAGCACCCACUUAUCCAUUCUUAGGUUAAAUCAUUUUCACUAUUUUUCUGUGCUAAUUCAUGUGUCCUUUUAUUCUGUCUUUUUAAAGAAAACUUUUAAAAAGCAAUUUGUGCCAUUUUAUUAAUAAAUUCUUGGCAUGUCA